CCCCUUGAUAACCAGGAGGAUCAGAGAGGAUCUUGGGAGGAAAUGGAUUUUGAAGCUGCCCCGGCAUAUUCCACCUUGCCAUGCUGUCCUGAUGCCUACCUCCAGCGGUUUGUGGACCCCCCCAGCCAUUUCUCCUGGACGGAGAGCUAUUACCGCUCCACGAUGUCGCAAGGCUCGCAGACAAGAGAAUAUGCCCACCCAGAAGUUUUCCAGCAAAUCUGGGAUAUCCUGGAUCAUCAGCCAAUCUGCACAGUUCAGCCAAUUGACUUGAAUUUCUUGGAGGAGCCGACAGAAAAUGGCCCUGCAAACAAGAUUGAGAUCAGCAUGGAUUGUAUUCGGAUGCAGGAUUCGGAUAUUGGAGAUCCAAUGUGGAUCCUGGUCAAGCCCUUUGGCCGGAUUGUCAGCUUUUUCCUUUUGCAAGACUUUGCUCAGCUGCUUGGAGACAUGUGCCUCUCCAAAUCUGCCUGCUGGGCUGCCUGCCCUCCGUUCGGCAUUGUGGAGGAGCGUGGGGCCUGCUUCCAGCCCGCUGCCUCCCAGGCAUGCUGCUUUGUCAUGCGAUUCAGCUUCAGCGCAACUCUGGCGUGUGGCUCUAAUCUGCUGUUGACUCAAGGCCCGCCAUAA